AUGACCAAGGGGCUGAUCCUUCCCGCUGACGUGAAGAAGCACGACGAGCUGUCUGACCUGAAGGUGCUUCGCUCGGCAGCAAAAUCGAUCGUUUUGGCCGCGCAAAAGAACUAUUUAGCGCACGACCGAAUGAUCGCAGUGCGGCAGAGACUGCGAGAUGCCAUAGCUGAGAACAAGGCCCAAAAGGCCGAGAUAGCGAAGCUGAAAGCCGCGCAGGAAGCAGUUGUGGCCGAGCGAGAUAACCUGAGCCAAAAGGUUGACCGAGCUGAAGCGAAAAAACAGCGGGCCGUGAAGUCGACCAAAGCUCGGUAUCUCGCCGAGCUGAGGAAGCUGCGUGAUGCCCAUAAAGAGGAGAAAGAUAAGGCAGUUAGCAACGCCAAAGACAGGGGUUAUGCUCAAGGCGAAAAAACGUAUGAACGGCAGGUGCAGGCGACCAAGGACAUCUUUUUCCAGUGCGGUUGGAAAGCUGCCGUGGAGAAAGUUGGCCUUGGCCAAGAUGCUGACAUGUUCCUACAUCCGCCUGCGGCCUUCAUACCGCACUAUAUGCAGUCCUAUGCGAGCGCCGCGCAGAAGAGGCUCACAGAGGAGGCCAAAAAGGAAGCCGCGGAAGAAGCCGCCGCUGUGCAACAAAUCGAGCAAACUUCUCCUAAAGCAUCUCAGUAUGCCGAAGAUCAAGUAGCCGAUCGGGAGGUUGUCGCGGUGGAGGACGCGGAUGAUGAGUCGGAAGAAAGCUUGCCCGAGCACACUGCGGAGGUUGCCGAGCAGACUGUGGAGGUCGCCGAGCAGACGGUUGACCUGGAAUUGGAUUGA